AUGGCCAGGCGCUCACGCAUGCUCUCGUGUCUCGCAUCGGCGGCGUUGAUGUCCUCGGUCACCGGCUUAAAUGUCCCUGAUCGCACUUCAAGCGUCAUCGCCGCAACGGGAACUCGCGAUGCGACGGGUUUUCUGAUUACGUCUGCGCCUGAUCGCGAUGGAAUCCGCCCCCGGUCAACGACGCGAGAUACGCGUCUUUGUGGCUAUAUUUCCGGGACCGCAGCAUUUCCACUUAUGUGCAACAGCGACUACGAAUGUCGCCGUAACACUCAGCUCUCAGUCGUUGGGUGCGGUGAUGGACAGGAGCUCGUUGUCACCACCUGCUACGAUUAUGGCGACUACCUCUCUGGGAAAUGCGAAAACCAAGAUGAUAACUACCAGUUUUGUAUGACGAACAUAUUCACCGGGCCUACAUAUGAGGCGUACACCUUGGUGGACUGGGCUGCCCAGUCUUCGUCCCGCAACAGGCUUGUCAAUUGGGACUUUACUACAACGGAUACCUCGAGCUCAACGCAGAGCCUUGCGCCGCUCGCCACUGUUAUAGAAAUCACAUCGACUACCGCGGCACCCACGGCCACGGCCACGGCCACGCCUAACGAGCCCAAGGGCUUCUCAACGUCGAACAGAAUCGCCCUCGGCACCGGAAUCGGCAUCGGCCUGCCAAGCAGCGUCGCGGCUCUCGUAACGUUAUGGGUGACGAUACGGAACCGACGCAAGACGGCCCUGUCGCAUACUUCUGGACAGGGCAUAACGACGUAA